AAAAGGUCAGCCUAUUACAGCAGGAUGCGCCUGGUGGAGACCUAUAGUGUUUGAUACACCCGUUCUUGCGAAAUUUUCUGAAUCAGAUAUGUAUUUACCAAAGGGACCAAAGGGCAUAGUACUUCUUUCUGGAAAAAAGAAACAACUGAAGUCUACUUAUAUCGACAUGGCUACCAAAACGGCUACUCCAAAGACCCGAAAACCUAAAGCUAAUAACUUUGUAUUGGUCUUAGAGCAGUUCCUAGAAAAGCAUAAUUUGACAGCCGACUCCACUCUAGAACAAUUAAGCGAACAUGCUCCCGAACUGGAUGCUUUACUUCCUGAUUGGAAGGCCCGUAAGUGCGUUAAGGAAGCCCUUGCGAGAGGCACUGAAAAAAGAAGUGCAUUUAGCAAAGAGCAGAUAGGGGCUCUCGUGCCAGAUCAGAGAAAUAAGAUAUAUUCUGUCAGGAAAAGGGCCCAAGAAGUUGCUAAAAGCGGAGAUAAGUGGGAUAUUUUCAUUAAUACUUUAUCUUUGGGACCAAAAGGAAAUAAGGAUGGAGUAAUUGAUGAUAAGGAAAUGGUUGCUUCUAGCUUAAACCAAUCACGAUUUUGUAAGUAUUUAGCAGAGUACGGGGCCGAUCCUGAACUUAUUGAUCGCUAUGCCAUGGAUUCAAAGACGACUACGGCUUCUAACAAAAUCCAGCAAGAGUGGACUGAGAAGCGCUUGGCUGAUCCAGGUAAAACUCCAGAUCAUUUCACCUUUGAGAAGGUGCUUAGGAGACUCCAGAAUAUCGAUACUUCUAAAAUUCCCUCUAUGCAGGAUCUCGCGGAUGUAAUAGUGAUGCUGAGCAUGAGGCCUGCUGAAAGAAAAAAACCGAUGCCUAUGCGCUUACUCUCUAUGGAAAAGAAUCCAGAACGUGCUAGGGAAUUACUUACCUGGAUUCAAGACGCUAUUAAGGCUGGAAAGUUGCGUGAUCCAGUUUAUACUGAAACUGGAAAGCGAGCUAAACACGCCUCGAUGGUUCAUGCUGGCCCAAAUCCAACCCCUCAACAUCUCGACCAUCUUUCAGAAAUCGCAAUAAGACAUAAAAUUAACCGUCUUGAUGCGGGAAAAAAUUACGCUUUAGGUGAUCCAGAAUCGAAGAAGGAGCUCAACUCUGGACCAGAGACAAGUGAUGGUCCAAAACCCCAAACACAGGCUUCUUCACCUGCAUCCCAGUCUAGAAACAAUGAUCCAAAAAAGUCUCAGACUAUGGAUAUGGAUUCAAUGUUAGCUGAAAUUGAUGCAAUAUGUGGUGCUCCUAUUCUGUGGGAACGCAUCGAGCUAAAGGGGAACGAUCCCAAAGCAAAGAAAUUCAUAGAAUUAGUAUGUGGGAAGCAAAAGCCAAUUUAUAGCUCGAAACUAACCCAUCUCGAAAUUCCAUACUAUAAUCCACUUUCAAGUAAGAAAAUUGAAGGCAUCAGCAUUAAAGCAUACCCCAAUCUGAGAUAUCUUAAUUUAUGUAGUAGUGAUAUUAUGGGUGAUAAAGCUUUAUGUGGAAUGGUGGGAUCAUGUCGUAAAAUAGAAUAUCUAAAUAUUUCUUUCUGCCAAGGCAUUACUGAUAGAUCUUUAAUCAAAAUUGCGGACAGUUACCAAGCUUUACAAGAGUUUCAUUUUGCUUGUGCGCAUUCGAUUUCUGAAAGAUUUAUAAGUCACAUCUUAAACUCAUGCCCAAAUUUACGAAGAUUCAGUAUUCCGGGUAGCUGUCGAAGAAAAAAUAGAUGUGAUAUAUUAGUAGAAAAACUUCUUACUGUAGAGAAACACCUUAAUGUAGAGAAACAUCUUAGUGUAGAGUAUCUUGAUUUUGGGUGUUAUAAAAUUAGCAAAAGAGCCGUAAAUAAGCUAAAUCCAAUUACCCACAUAGAGAAUUUCGAGGAAACUUUAACGACUCCUGAUCUCAUUGGGGUGGUUAGAAAUCAUCUUACACAUAACAAUGUUGCUAGUAGACAGAUUUUAGCUCAGAGCCUUCAGAGCCUUUUAGACCUAAGUAUGCGAGAUAAUUUGCAGUGGUAUUCCGAUCCAGGGUUGGCUAGAUCAACAUUUGCGAAGCAAACGAAAGGGCGUCUAGUUGCAACACAGGACCUACCAUAUAAGCAAAUAGUGCCGAAAAAAGCAUAUGUUGUGAAAGGCUUGAGGACUUGCAAUUCCGAGAUCGCCAGGCGUAAGACCAACUAUGUCUUUCCGACGACAAUACUAAUUACGCCUCAUACCUCCUUAACUUCGGCCUGGCGCUCUUUUUCUCAGCAAGAUAUAAAGCAUGUAGGUGUAUGUGGAAGUUCAGCCAACUUUCCGCCAAAAACUUUCCCAGAGAAAAUAACGCAAAUAAGGUAUGUAUAUGCCAGAA